AAGACCAACGCUGCCGGCGGCGGUAAGAAGAACGCUGGCGGUCUAGCCGGCCUCUUUGGAGCCGGCAAGAAGAACAACAACAACAACAACAACAACAACAACAACAACAACAAGCGUGAUGAGGUUGAUGUCGUCGACUACGCCGCGCUUGAGGCUCGACACCAUCGUGGCAAGAAGACCAACGCUGCCGGCGGCGGUAAGAAGAACGCUGGCGGUCUUGCUGGCCUCUUUGGAGCCGGCAAGAAGAAUAACAACAACAACAAGCGCGGCGACGUUGAUAGCGAGCACAUCGAGCUCGUAUCUCGCCACCACCGUGGCAAGAAGACCAACGCUGCUGCCGGCGGUAAGAAAAACGCUGGUGGUCUUGCUGGCCUCUUUGGUGGAGCCGGCAAGAAGAACAACAAGCGGGCCGUCGCCUUCGCGGGCUAG